AUGGCGACAGCAGCAUCUUCACCCCUGGCCAGCUCUCCAGCGAAGACAAAUGGAAACAAGCUGAGCAGGCUUCUCAUCGAUGGUGGAACAACGGUGCUGAGGAAUAUUUUCGAUCACUAUCACCCACCUGUCAACUUGGCUUCUGAUCUCAAUUUCAAUUACUCCAUUCUUAACAACCUUUUGCGUAAAAGAGUGCUAAAUGGCCAUCAGUGGGACAAACUCUUCCCCCCUGGUGGAGGGGUGCCAGACUCCAACAAGUUUGACAUCACUCUUCUGUUCCUGCUGCUAACUACCAUUUGCGGCUUAUCCCCUCCCCUGACAGGAUGGCACACCAAGCCGCCCCCUGCUGAUAACACUCUUGAGGCUAACCUUGCUCGCGUUAAGUUCUUCCGGAAUGAUUUGUAUGGUCACGUGACGUCCACAGGGGUUGAUGCGACAUCUUUCUCCUCCGUCUGGCAUGAAAUAAGCAUUACUCUUCAUUCGCUGGGUUUAGAUCAAGCUGAAAUUGACAGACUGAAGGCAGAGCAUGGAGCAGAGGAAGAUUACCUUGAUGCCUUAAUUGAGUGGGCUGACAGUGAAGAGGACAUAAAAACGCAGUUGAAAGACAUCCACCAGACGCAACUAAAACUCAGUAAAACAAUUGAAGAUGGCAAUUUAAACAUGGAAGAUCUACGUCAAGCCCUAAGCAAAACUCAGGAUGUUGUAGAUGAAGCAGUGGAGAUAGAACUCAAAGGACAUCAAGAAUUGAGGGCAGCACACAAGGAAAGCAUGUCACGUUUAGAGGGAGUGUGUGAGUCCCAAACUAAAACCAGCCAAGCUGUGGACGAAAUUCGUGAAUCAAUUCAAGAAGUAAAACAGGAAGUAAAAAGCUUGACGAAAAAGAAAAGCGAUCACGCAGAUGAAGUGCUCAGGACCCUUGUGAAGUUUGAAUUCAAAGGAGAUAUAGAGUAUCAUGCAAAGAAAUUCCAGAAAGGAACUCGUGAGUGGAUCUUCAAGAGCAUCGAAGACUGGUUAGACGACCGGAGCUCGCCACAUCGGGCGAUGGUAAUCAGUGGAAAUCCAGGGAUGGGAAAGACUGUUAUCUCCGCUGUUGUUUCGCAAAGAAUUAAAAAAGCUGGAAGACUCUCGGGAAGCCACUUUUGUCAGCAUGACGAUUCACGGUACCGAGAUCCACGUUUAAUGCUCCAGUCUUUAGCCUGUCACUUGUGUCAAGCGAUGCCAAGUUACAAAGAUGCUUUAGUGGAACAGCUGUCAAGAAAUCUGGGUAAAGACCUCAACAACAUGGGUGUAAAAGAGCUGUUUACGUUGCUGUUUAAAGAGCCUCUCAGCACAGUGCAAGAUCCUGGAAGAAACAUCCUAAUGGUCAUAGAUGGCCUCGAUGAAAGCGAGUACAAAGGACGCAAUGAGCUUCUACAUGUAAUCAGUAACCACUUUUCUAUGCUUCCAGUCUGGAUUAGAAUACUCAUUACAACUCGUCCAGAGAAGAACGUUACAGAGGCAUUGCGACAUUUGAAACCAAUAGAGCUUGAACAAAAACAAGAAGAAAACUUAAAGGACAUUCAAACCUUGUUUGAAACACAACUCAGCCUCAAAAUUGGUGAGGAGCAUAAACAUGUUCUCUUGAAAGAGCUGGUCAAGAAAUCAGAAGGCCUUUUUAUUUACGCUUACUUUAUAGUGGAUUUUAUCCAAAAGAAUGUUUCAAUUCUCAGCCCUGAUCAGCUGGAAAGUGUGUUACCUUCAGAUAUUUCAUCGGUUUACCUGUCCUAUUUUACACGGUUAGAGGAUGAACUUUGCAAAGAGCUUCAUGCAGAUGAGGAACAUUUUUUGCGUUUCUUGUGUGCAUUGACUGCUGCAAGGGAACCAUUACCAGUAGAAUUCAUUGCCAAAAUUCUAAACCCGGGUGGAAAAUCUUUGACUGCGCAGCGAAAAGUUAACAAAGCAAUAUCUUGCAUCUCUACACUGUUACCAGUUCGCGAGGGUCGCCUUCACUUUUUUCACAAAUCAAUCAAGGACUGGUUAAUAGCAUCAUCGCCUUAUGAACAACAUGAUUUCACCGUGGACGAGAAAGAAGGUCAUAUUGUCCUUUCUGAUCUCUGUGCUUCUGAACUCGAAAGCUUGCAGCGAAAAGGGGUUCAUGGCAAACAGUUUUCGAAUACUGAAACAUAUGCUUUGCAUCAUGGUACUCAGCACAUGCUUGAGGUCACCGAUCAUGACUGCGCUGACAAAUCAAGAACCAGUAGUGUCACAGCAGAACAGGUGUACCGAUACGCAACGGACUUAGAGCUAAUUUAUGCAAAGCUUUGUGUUAAGAGCACAACAGCCAUAGAAGAUCUUCUUAGCCUCCACUGUGAGAAUUCCAGAAGAGUAAGCGAGGAAAGAGAUUUUGUUGUAACUUCUCUCCUCAGACUUCUAAGAAAAUACUCUUACAUCUUGUUUGAUUACCCUCACCUAUUUUUCCAGUGUUUAAUUAACGAAGGUACCCCUGAAUUGUCGUCUAUAGCAGCAGGUAUUGUUGAGUCAUUAACUCCCAAAAUGCCAUGCAUGAAGUACUUAGAUAAUGACAAGCAAAAGGAAAAAGCCGUUCAGGGACGAUUUUACAGUUCAGAUAAAAUCGCAUGUUUUGAUGUCUCACCUGAAAUGGAUUACCUGGUAUGCGAGUGUCGAGAUGAAACAAUCCAUCUCUUUUCCCUGCUGACUGGUACCAAAGUAUGGGUUCGUCCAUCGCUAACAAACAGAAAGUAUAGUUCCAAAGAGGCAUUUGCGGGUACUGGUGCAUAUCGACAAACUGGGCAUUUUCUGUCAUUUUAUCAUUCUGUCACAUUUCAUCCAAAUGGGAAGUCGAUAAUACCAGGAACUCUUAAAUAUGUUUACACCAUUAGUGGAGAUAGGGAAGAUCUUUUCCCGGACAGUGACUGCACAUUUUCAUAUUGCUUCUUACGAUCUUAUAAAGAUAAGGAAGUGAUAUUUACAGAUUGCCCUGUACUAGGUUUCGUCUAUUAGUAAACCCUAUACCUCUUACCGGUCUUCGAGUUUCAAUAAUAGCUAAGCCUAUUCCUUUAAAGUAGGAAAUGAUAAAGACCGCUACCCAGUGCAUAGCGAUAAAGACUUCUGACUGGUAAGAUUACUAUUCUUUACCUAAUAGACGAGUUUGGUUUGAUAUUCCCUGACGCUGGUAAAGAUAACUGGGUGUGUGGGUUGAUGCAUUUCACAUCCGAUAAUGAUACUCUGGUUUGUGGAUGUCUAUUAGCCUCUUGCGAGGACUACAGAUGCCCGUUUGAUGCGUUAGAACCUGAAGAAAGAAAACCAACAGUUUCCUUCAAAACUCCUCUGAAUAACGUUUCCCUGUCAGAUCCGCAUUUUGAACCUGUUGAUCCCAGAACCUUCGUGUUAUGGCCCUCCGCUCCACCAAGCACUUUGACUGAAUGUACUUUUAUGGAGCAGAAUGAAGGACCUUCCUGGGUGUCGAAGGUGCAGAGAGAGAUUCCGUAUUUGUUCUCAGGUUCCUACAUCAGCCUUAAAGAUGAAACAAUUUUGGUUGGUAGUCCAGAUCACAAAUAUGUCACGAUGUUAAAUAUUGGUCUACUGCAAAGCGAGUCCGACUCGACUCACUCCUCGAACGUUAACAUGGGUGUCAGGGAGAUUAUUUUUUCUAUGGAAGGCGAUGCAAUAUACGUUGUAAGUUCAGGCAGGUUUGUCUACAUUAGUUCAGAAGUGGUAGAGAUAACUAUCUGGAGACUGUCAAGUCGAGAAUUUUUGAAGACAAAGACAUUCUUUGGCCCUGUGUCGAUUGUUCCAACGAAGGAAGGUCUUGUACUCUUUAAAAAUGAUCGUGUAGCAGAGUUGUGGAAUUUCGACCUGUCGGAGUGCAUUCGAAGUAUUGUUAAACUUACCAGUGAUACUAGUAUUGUGUAUUCAGUAACCUUGAUACCAGUAUCAGAUGAACUGAUAGCCUUUUAUUAUUCGCCACAAUCACGGGAAUCAAUUUAUAUCAGAAGUCUAGAAGAAUCUGAAGAAAACGAAAACUUACACGACGACUUGUUAGAGUGUACACCUCUCGAGGAUUGUACAGAUGAUUGUCUUGACUUUAUGAGCACAACCGGCGUUCAGGGGGGAAAGCUUGUGUCCUCGCUAAGGUUCCCACGUUACGACGAAUGGGGAUACUUAUAUAGCAUUUCAUGCAAUAGUCCGAGCAAUGUUUUGGUUUGCCGUUUUGAACGGCAGUCCUGGGGACCUAUAGACGAGGGGGUGGUCACAGUUAGUUUAUUAAACAAAGGAUCAAUUAAAUGGGAACGAAUCGCGGAUAAUUCAUAUCUUCGCGACGAACACAUGAUUUUCUCGCCCAAGAAUGAAUUUGUUGUUACGUGGAACACUCUCGACGAAGGUCAAGGUCUACAUGUUCUUGACGCAGAUACUGGAGAAACACUGCACGUCCUUCUUAGAGACCAGAACGACAUUAUUGAAUGUAAGUUUUUAAAUGAUGAAACUCUCGUAUGCUGCAGUGGGGACAACUUCCUUCGAUUGUGUAAUGUCAGAACCGGACAUCUGCUAAGUGUUCUAGACAUUGGAGAGCAACCGCUCUGUUUGGGAGCCUGUCUGAAUCAGCCUCUUGUCGCCAUUGGUUUGUCCGGCACAAGAAUAAAAUUCUUCCACGUACAGUUGCCAACAUGA